AUGGAUAACGAGAACGAUCAGCAGAAGCAAGAGAAGAGAGAGAAGAAGCUGAACGAGCUUCUCACUUCCUCCAUAGUCGACAUCUAUGUCGGAUCCGAGUCAGAACACUGGCCACUGCACGAACGUCUCCUGUGCCACCACUCACCGUUUUUCGCCAAGGUCUUCUACGCCGAGGACAAGGAUCCGUCCAAGAAGUCGCGCGGCCAGAAAAGCUACGGCCUUCCCGACGAGGAUGAGUACACUUUCGAGCUUCUCGUAGGCUGGCUCUACUCUAAAGCCAUCAAGCCACCCAGGCAAGAGAAAGAUUUGGGCCCGCUCCUCGACCUGUACCUCCUCUCACAGACGCUCGAGAUGCAGAAGCUCGGUGAGGACGUUGUCGAGAUCGUACGCGACUUUUACCACUCCACCUCCACCUACCCAGGCCUCAGGCGCGUACAGUACAUCUACGCCGAAACCGACGAGGACAACGAGAUGCGCGAGAUGAUGGUCGCAUCGAUCGCGCGACAGCUCACCACGUCGGACAAGAUCCCGGCGCACUGGGCGUCGGCCCUGCAGCGCAACGGCCAGCUCGCCGUCGACAUCAUCCGCGCCAUCCAGCAGUGGAACCUGGAGGAGCGCAGCAUCCCCGACUUCCGCGACGGCAGCCGUGUCAGAGGCAGGGACCAGGCCGGCUUCAGCGCCGUGGAGCGCGAGGGCGAGUCGCAGGACACCGGCGCCACCGAGGACACGAACCUGGGAGUCGAGAGCCUCAACAGCGACCUGGACAAGUCGCAGAUCAAGGAUGAUGACGAGUAA